AAAAUCACAUAUAAAAUCGAGUUCGUGUGUUUCACGGCAUCAUAAUGAUUUUUUCAGUUUUUGUUGUUAAUUUAGUUUGGUGAAUAAUUUUUUCAGUGCAGUGCUGCAGUAAAUAAAUAGAUGAAAAAUUCCAUCUAAGUUGAAAAUGGAGGCAACCAGUUCUUUAGCCAGACUACAGGAUGCUUCAAGAUCACAACAUAUGCUUGUUCGCAUACGAAUUAUCGAAGGAAAACAGUUUUCUGGAUUGAAAACUGAAGCAGUGAGGGUUUGCGUUCAAGUAGGAGAUUCCAAGAAAUACACAUCGGAUAAAGAAAACACGAUUUGCCCCUACUACGAUGAAACUUUCAUAUUCGAAUUUUGUAAACCAGCUGCUCAGUUACUGGAUGAAGUAAUAACGCUGACGGUUUCACGUUCUAAAAAAAUACUCGGUAUUGGUUUAAGCCUACUGCAGACAGAAACUAUAGUAGGCAUAUACAACGUGGACUUGAAAACAGUAUUCGCUGAACCAGAAAAUCAAUUUUACAACAAAUGGUGCCAAUUAUCGGAUCCAAACGACAUAACUGGACAGACGAGAGGUUUGAUAAAAUGCGAUAUUCGAGUAAUCUGUCGAGGAGACAAUAUAAAACCACCCCUCAAAGUGAUCAAAUUCGCAGAUGAGGUCGAUGACAAACAAAUGACACCUACAGAAGAAACUUACCAGAGUAAACUAAAAGCUCGAUUGAUUGUAAAAAUUUAUAAAGCUGACGGUCUUCCAAAAAUGACUCGCUCGGUUACUUCGAUUUUUAAAGAAGCGAAAGAUUUAGUAAAUCCUUACGUUGAGGUCUCAUUCGCCGGAUUAGAAGGCAAAACAAGCGUGAAGCAAUGUAAUUACGCUCCAGUAUGGAACGAACAAAUCAUUUUCCAUGAAAUAUUCCCUUCUUUAUGCCAAAGUACCAUAAAAAUACAGCUAAAAGAGGGAGAUGGCGAUGUUCUGAACAAUAAUGUUAUCGGUACACAUUCAAUUGAUCUUAAAAAAAUAUCAAUCGAUGGAAGCAACGAAUGUUUACCAACAUUUGGCCCCACUUAUAUUCACUUAUACGGCACAACCAGAGAAUACUCCAUGUUCAACUGGACUGCGUCUCUGAAAGAAGAUCUUGGCGAAGGUAUCGCGUACAGAGGUCGGUUACUAGUAGAAGUUGCUACUGAGAAACUAGAGAAUUCAGGUGCUGCUCCCAGGGAAGCAAGGACAACAUCUACAUGCCCGAUAAACGAGUCGGAUUAUGGAAAACCAGAAGAUUUUUUUCUAUUCUGUUCCAUAUUGAACGCGACAAUGAUGUCUAGAACAUUGAAAGAUAAAUUAUUAUUUUUCGAAAUAAGUAUCGGGAACGCUGGAAAUACAUUGGAUGGUCAUAAUCCUUCUCGAAAUAGCGAAACCAUUGAUGAAUCUGAUUCUCUACAAACCGUUGUAUCGACUGAAAUCGAAGCUUCGCAGAGCACUACUGAACCAAUGAAACCGAUGACUCACAAUGGAGUAAACUUUUUCCUGCCUUUUCGAAAUGAAAAACCUUGUAUGUAUAUUAAAUCACGUUGGCCGGACAAUCGACACAGGAUGUAUAAUUCAAACCUGAUAAUGAGAUUGGCGGAAAAUUUAGAAGAAGGUUUAGCAGAAGUUUCCCGAAAAAUGGAAGAAGAUCAAGAAGGUGCCGAUAGCACAUUAAUACAAGUUUUAGAUAAUUUCAUCACAGGGUGUAAUAAAUACGUAUCAGCUGCUGAAUCAAGAUCAGAAAUAAACAUGAGCACCAAACUCGACCUUAACAGGAUGGAAAUGUGCUACGAUGAAAUAUGUUCGAUGGGAGAGAAAGCUGCAAGAUUGAAAGCUGUUGUGACGCAACAUUCAUUAGAAGAGGCAUGCAAAGAAGUAAAGGCUUGCUUACACGAACUGAAAGAUAUGAUUGAAGAUCCUCAAGAUGCUCUUCCGGAUGUUUUUUUGUGGCUGGUAGUUAAUAACAGAAGACAUGCUUACCAAAGAAUAUCGGCAAAGGAUUUGAUAUUUUCUAUGACUCAAGAAGAGUGCGGAAAAUUCUGUUCAAAAGUUCACACAAGAUUCUUCAAGCUCCCAGGUAAAAAAAGAAUAGAUCCGAGCAGUAGAUGGAUCCAAGUUAAAUUAGAUAUCUACCUAUGGUUGGGUUUAUCUCAACAUAACGAGUAUUUUCUAAACGGCUAUCCAGAAGGAUAUGAAAUAUCAAAUCAAGUUGAAAAUAUCCAAAGACCUGGAUUUGUUUCACCACUAAAAAUAUAUUACCCAGAAAAACACGUAUUUGAAUUUCGAGCUUAUAUGUAUCAAGCAAGGUCAUUAAUAGGAUCAGAUCGUUCAGGUUUAUCAGAUCCUUCUGCCAGAGUAUUCAUCGGAGAAACUUCAGCAGAAACUCAGGUAAUUAAUCAAACCUUAAUGCCAACAUGGAAUGAACAAUUGACCGUGGAUAAUAUUUUCCUGUAUGGUCCGAUUGAACAAAUUAAAAGGGAACCACCGCUCAUAGUAAUAGAAAUGUUCGAUAAGGAUUGGAUGAGGGAAUCGGACUUCUUAGGAGCAACAUCUGCUUUACCUCGUGUUAAAUUGGCGAAUGAGUUUCGUUAUCCGAUACCAUUAAAGUGGUUUCGUAUUGAACGAGGAGGUAAACGUGCAGGCGAACUUUUGGCAGCGUUUGAACUUUUACAAAAAGAAUCAUUUGCAGAAGACUUCCAAUCUACUGAGGGUGAAAAUAUUCAACUUUCCACAUCAGUUUCACCAAUACCAAAAAACAUAAGACCUACUCUGGCAAAUUACAGAAUAGAAGUUCUUUUCUGGGGUCUGAGGAAUUUGAAAUGCUUCAAUUGGACAAAUGUAAAACGUCCAAUCGUGGAAAUAGAAUGCGCUGAAAAAAUUCUAUCAUCGUCUGAAAUACCGAAUGCUCAAAAUAAUCCUAAUUUUGACGAUCUGGUCAAAUCUAUCGUCUUGGAACUUCCAGAAGAAGAAAUAUACAGACCACCUUUGACAAUACGUGUAGUUGAUCGUCAAAAAUUCAUUAAUUCCACAACAUUAAUAGGUUCUCAUAUCAUUAAUUCGGUUCAAAAAUACAUUUGCGAUCCUGCGAUGGAAUUUGGAAAAAAUUGUGAUAAUGGAGUUAACGAUGAUCUUGAAACAUCCCAGUUGGCUAACAACGAAGUCAUAAUUGAACUGGCACACGAUACGACUCCUCAAAAUAAAACACCCAAAAAGUCAACAUUCAGUCGUAAGAUGAAUAAUAAAAAUCGUCCCGAUGAAGAUACUGAAAAUGACGAAGGCGAUGAUUGGUGGUCAAGAUACUUCGCUUCAGUGGAAUCAGAUGCUGUUCAACAAGAUGCAGCAAAGCCAGAAAAUCAGAAUGAUAAAAAGAAAAAAAUAGUCAAAUUUAAAGUAUAUUCGAAUGAACUAGAAGUACAACCUGAGUUCAAUAGUUUUCAAGACUGGUUAUUAUCAUUCGAUCUUUACAGAGGUAAAAAGAUCGAAGAAGAUGUCAACGAUGAGAGUAGACUAAUUGGUACAUUUAAGGGUUCGUUGAAAGUUUACAAAUUACCAAUAUUGGAAGAUAUGGAAGAUAUCGCCAAUUUUGAUGCUGAAAAUAGAUCUCAUCGAGAUUUCCCCUCAAACGAUAAUUUUCCUGUAUUGGUCCGAAUUUACAUCGUGAAAGCAAAAGAUCUUCAUUCCAUCGACUCGGAUGGAAACGCAAAUCCUUACAUUUCCGUACAAUUAGGGUCACUAACCGAAACAAGCGACUACAUUCCCAAACAAUUGAAUCCGGAAUUUGGAAAAUGUUUCGAAAUUAAAGCUGUUUUCCCUCGAGAUUCAAUGCUGACUAUUCAAGUUUUAAAUAAGAAAUUGAUAGAAAGAGUUUCAGACAACUUGAUUGGUGAAACAAAAAUCGAUCUAGAAAACAGAUUUUACAGCAGGCAUCGUGCUCAUUGUGGCUUAUCAAAAAAAUACGAAAUAACUGGCACUAACAAAUGGCGAGAUACGAUGAAACCUACAGAAAUAUUGACUGAACUCUGCAGGAAUUCAAAGCUAGAGCCACCUUCGUAUGAGAAUGGUUCAGUGAAAGUUGGUUACACCAGAUUCAAAAUUCAAAACAUUGAUAAAUUUGAAGAUGCUGAAGAGCAAAUGGCUUUAGAUGUUUUACACCACUGGAACCAGGUGGAACCUCGUGUGGGCUGUAAUUUAGUUCCAGAACAUAUUGAAAUAAGACCGUUGUAUAAACCUGGAAAAAUUAUAGAGAGAGGUAAAUUGGAAAUGUGGGUAGAUAUGUUUCCAAUAGAUAGACCUAUGCAUCUUCUAGGGCCACAAAUCGAUAUCUCUCCUAGAAAACCGAAGCCGUAUGUUUUACGAGUAAUCAUAUGGAACACUAGUGAUGUAAAGUUACAAGAAAGAGCUUUCUUCACUGGAGAAAAAAUGUCAGAUAUCUUUGUAAAAGGAUGGGUUAACGGACCUGAAGAGAGUCAACGAACUGAUAUACACUAUAGAUCGUUAACAGGAGAGGGAAAUUUCAAUUGGCGAUUUGUAUUCCCAUUCGAAUACAUCGCAGCCGAAAAGAAAAUAGUCACUUCGCAUAAAACAUCGAUACUUAGUAGAGACGAGCGUGAAAGUAAACUCCCUCCUCGUCUUGAAUUGCAAGUUUUGGAUUCUGAUCUGAUUUCUGCUAAUGAUUACUUGGGAUCUUUGGUAUUGGACUUGAAUAACUUUCCAAAAGGAGCCAAAUCUGCUAAAUUAUGUAAACUGAAGAUGUUGAAAACUGACGGAUCUGUGAGCAUGAUUAACAUAUUCAAACAAAAAAGAGUAAAAGGAUGGUGGCCUUUUCAUGUAAAAAAAGAAAAUGGGCAAAUGGAAUUAACGGGAAAAGUUGAACUUGAGUUACAUCUCCUCACUCAGGAAGAAGCAGGAAUUAUUCCAGUUGGACUUGGCCGCGAUGGACCAAACCCUCUGGAAAAACCCAAUCGUCCAGAUUGGUCGUUCCUGUGGUUUUUAAAUAUGACCAAAUCAGCCAAACACAUAAUAUGGCGUCAUUACAAGUGGGCUGUAUUCAAAAUUAUAAUAUUGAUUAUAAUCAUCCACAUUAUUCUGGGAUUCUUAUCUUAUAUACCUGCUUACGUGGCUAAGAAAUUAGGUAUUUAAUGAAAAAUGUAGGUAUGUAUAUCCUGUAUUUUUCAUUUUUAUUCCUUCUCAUUCUAUAACAUAAAUGUAGGUAUAUGGAUCUAAGUACCUACCUAGCUAGGUACAUAGGUACUAUGCUUCAAGUGCUAUUAUUAUGAUUAUAAUGUCGUUGCCUUAGUUGCAAAGUAGCGUAUGUCCAUCUGUUCACUUGAUACCUAGUGUAAAAGUGCUUUCAAUCUGGAGCGCCAUCUAUUGGGUUUUAGUGGUACCCAUUGGGUAAGUAUGCCGGCGGGACAUGUCCUUGACAUACCUACCCAAAGGGUACCACUAAAACCCAAUAGAUGGCGCUCCAGAUUGAAAGCACUUUUACACUAGGUAUCAAGUGAACAGAUGGACAUACGCUACUUUGCAACUAAGGCAACGAUGAGAUUAUUUUACAUAUACCUAGAAAUAAUAAAAUGUACUUAGACAUUCAUUUUUCACUGCAAACAAAUAAAUAGUAAGUUUAAAUAGAUCUCAUUUGAUUUUGUGAGUAGCAAGAUGGCCUUAACCACCUAGCGGUUAUUAUUGUAGCUCCCCUUAUACAUAAUAUUAUUCGAUCUAUUCUUAGAGAUAAGUUUAGUUAGGCGAGAGGGAGGAUGUUUUGGACAGUUGCUGGUUUGACGAGUUGGUUUGAUUUUUUUUUGACGGGGGUUUCACAAUUAUGUGGCAAUGUCAUACCACAAUUGAUAUUUGACAACAUUUACCAGAUACCAACUCGUGUGAUAAAAAUAUUUCAGCUUUUGUUUUGAAGUGCAAUUUUUGGAAAAAAAUUUCGUCUCACAUUUUGAGCUCCUAAAAAAUAAUUGUGAGGAAUUUCGUCAAGUGCCCAAGUAAAAUGAAAUCUCUGAUUCCUUCUCGCCAAUAAUCACUACUUACCUUUUCAUGAAAAGCUGAUACUUUUUUCCCAAAGCCAGUUUAAGUAGAAAUGGCAUAGUGGGGAUGUUUUGGACACUGCGAUAAAUUCGUGUUAAUUUGUUAUGUUUGGGUGUAAGAAUGCCUCAGUUUUAUCUGACAAAUCCAGGAAAGACUUUUAAUGAGUCUGGAAUGAUAAAUGCUAAUCAAGAACAAUUUGAAGUUGCCCCCUGAAAGUAUGUUGAUUCGAGCCAGCACUGGCUGAAAAAUACGGCAUAAAAAAGUCGACUCUUCAACAUUACCUCACUAAUAUUAAAAACAAUCCGCGUCAACUGAAAUUGUGUGAAAUUGUGGACAGAUACUGACAAUUGAUUUCUAAUGGAUUGAAAUUUGGGAUUUCCAAAAAUAACAUUCAAAAGAACGUAUUUUCUCAGCAUGUCCAAAACAUCCACCUAUUGUGUCCAAAACAUCCCACUACUGUCCAACACAUCCACCCAAAAUGGUGUUUUUUCAAAGUCCAAUGGUUUGUUCAGUUUGCAACUUAAAAAUUUUUAUAGUAAGUCAAAAUGUGCGCAUUGAGAUCCUCGUUCAAAUGAGACCAACCCCACCUUUCUAGGUGUUUCCUAUUGCUUGCAAUUUGAAAUCAAAGAAAAGUGCCCAAAACAUCCCUCUCCCCUACUUGCUCUCCUUAAAGUUCAUCGCUCUGUCUCCUUCUACUGAAAGUAUGGUAAGUUUGGGGAUUCUCUCUGCUCCUGGAUCUAAAGGCACAGCUGCAAGACCAUGAGCUAAGCUCUUCACUUGGCAUUGGAACCUUGAGCUCUCUGGAGCUAAGUCAAAAUGUAGAUGUGUUAACUAUUUCGGCACAAAGAAAAUGUAUGAGCACAUUGGCCUUAAGGCAAUGUCCUUCUUUUUGUAUUUUAUCCAUUUUUAGCGUGGUGAUUUGUGUUUCCUUCAACAUGAUGAUUAAUUCUACUUAAUCAUCAUGGUUCGAUUGGAUGCAAUUUGAUCAACCCGGGCAUCAAAAGCAUUUCUCACAAAUAUAACAAACUUCGUGUAUUACAUACCUAUCGUUGUACCUGGUUUUAGUGAGUACUAUAGGAUCCAGAUAGGUAAAGGUGUACAGUGUCUUUGAUAAGUAUUGAGAAAUACUUAUUUAGGCCUAGUGGUCCUCUCAAUCAAUUAUAGUUUUAUUUUAAUUAAUGGAGUUAGCUGAAAUAGGUAAAUUACAUGGACAAUACCUACCAAGUUAAUUUGUAAUAAUUGUAACUUUACUUUAUCUCAAUUAUUGGUGUUAUUCAGAUCAAUUAUGUGCUAAGUAGUCACUUAGUACUUAAUUGGUUUGAAUUAUUAUUAUUUAUCUAGGUCGUAAGUGACAGGUAAUUCGCCUGACCAUUUGAAUAAUGAUCAAUUGUGUGAUUUGUUAUGCACCUUACAUACCUUCUUUUAUAUAACUAAUCAAUAAUAAAAACA